AUGGACCAAGCAGUAACAAACCCUUCUUCACUCAACAAGACGAUCAGUGAGGUCGAGUUUCGCAAGGGCUGGGUCCACCAGCCAAACCAACGCGGCACUAUAGACAUCAUCUGGAGCUGUCUUCUAGUCCUUUUUGUUUGCAUCUGGACGGUCAUCAACCUCAAUGUCCCUGCCAGGAAAGACGGCUACUGGACGCAAGUUUUCCGCAAAGUACGAUGGUCAACACUGGCAAUCUGUGCGCCUGAAAUACUUUCACUCUUUGCAUCGAUGCAGUGGAACGGUUCUCUGCAAUCCGUUCGAGAAAUGCACGAGAUGGGUGACAAAGACUGGUCUGCAGUACACGCCUUUUUCGCGAACAGUGGCGGCUUUAUGCUGGAAUCGACUGAUCAACCAGAGUUCCCUGUCAGAGCAGCGUCGAUCCACUACUUGCGUGUCAAUGGCUGGAUCAAACCACCGAAGAUAACCAAGGAAGAGAUCUGGGAUCGGAGCAAAGCGGACAAGUUUGCGAAAGGGGUGGCUCUGACUCAAACGGCUUGGUUGCUCCUGCAGUGCCUAGCUCGUGUUGUCAAAGGGCUUGCAGUCUCGCCGCUGGAGAUUUUCACCCUGGCUUUCGUCGUGUGUACAGCAUGUACAGCAUAUUUCUGGCUCAACAAACCUCAGAACGUCCAGUUGCCCACCACCAUCCACAUGGAUCACGCCAUAGCCGACGUCCUUCUCGCUGCGGGAGAUGCCGCCAAAGAUCCAUAUAUCGACACCCCAAUGGACUUCGUCGAAAGGCCACUCUGGGAACAGUGGGAGAGACGACCUAGUCUUCUUGCAUUUGGGGGCUUGGACCAUCGUCCCCUUCCGCGCGAGCCUGAUGAUUACGCUCAACCACCACCCAAGCCAACCCUCGCACUGUGUAUGUGGUCGCUGUCAAUGGUGCACGCGGGCGUACACGUAUUGGGCUGGCAUUUCCCUUUCGCCACCACCUUUGAGAGGAUUCUGUGGCGAGUCUGUAGCCUGGUAAUGCUUGGUGUGAUGUGCUUGGGAGGGGUCAUACCAGUCAUCUCGACAAGGCCGAAUUUCGAUUUUCGUAUCAACCUUCUCUGGAUCUGGAUCCGACAGACUCAGAACCACAGGUCGACAAUCGCUCGAAGAUGGCUGUUCGAUCUGCCUGUACACAUUGCUGCCUCGCUGUACAUUUUGGCGAGGAUGUUCAUCAUCUUCGAAGUCUUUUAUAGCUUGCGUUCCUUGCCGGCUUCGAGUUACACCUGUGUUGACUGGACGGCUAUUUGGCCCCAUGUAUGA